AUGGUAAAUUACAUGGAUCAUUCAAACAACGAACAUUUUUCAGAAGUAACAAAAAUGACGUUGUCAAAAAUCAAACAUAAUCGAGGAUUGUCCCAUAAUGUAGCCAUGUGUACCUACCAUGACAAUACUUCACCUGGAUAUGAAUGGUUACUUCCUGCAUGGGUGACAGAAGAGCGUCAUAUGAAUUCUGGCAGAAUAUAUAAGUAUUACUAUGACCCAGAAGGAAAUCGUUAUAACAGCAAAAGUGAAGUAAAAGCAGCAUGGGAGAAAGAUGGGUUGGUGCUCAUCGACUAA